AGGAAACUUAAGUGCAGUUAAGGUUUGUACACGUCUCUCUUUCUGUGUGUUUGUGAAGAAAAUGGCAGAAGCCAGUAUUUUAUGGGCUUGGGAUCAGUUUACUUGCCCAAUCUGUCUGGAUCUACUGAAGAAUCCAGUGACUAUUAACUGUGGACACAGUUUCUGUAUGGACUGUAUUACAGACUGCUGGGAUCAGAAGGGAAUCUACAGCUGCCCUCAAUGCAGACAAACCUUCACACCAAGACCUGUUUUAGGUAAAAAUGUGAUGAUUGCUGAAAUGCUGGAGAAACUCAAGAAGACAAAACUUCAAUCUGCUCAUUGUUACGCUGGACCUGGAGAUGUGGAGAAACAAAAAGUUCUGGGAGAAACACAAAGAAAGUUAAAUCAGAGAAUUCAAGAGAGAGAGAAGAAGCUUCAGAAGCUGAGACAGACUGCGGAUUCUCAUAAGCGCUCUGCACAGACAGCAGUGGAGGACAGUGAGAGGAUCUUUACUGAACUGAUCCGAUCCAUUGAGAGAAGACGAUCUGAGGUGACACAACUGAUCAGAGAUCAGGAAAAGGCUGCAGUGAGUCGAGCUGAAGGAGUCAUGAAGUGUCUGGAGGAGGAGAUUGAUGAUCUGAAGAGGAGAGACGCUGAACUGAAGCAGUUUUUACAAACAGAUGAUGACAUUCAUUUCCUGCAGAGUUUCAAGUCUUUCUCUGUGACUUCUGGAUCUUCAGAUGUUUCCAGCAUUAUUGUCAGUUCUCUUCCCACUUUUGAUGAUUUGGGAAAAUCUGUUUCUAAACUCAGAGAUAAACUGGAGGAUUUGUGUAUAGAUGAGAUUAAACGUAUAUCUGACAGAGUAAAAUCCACUGAAAUUAUUUACAACGAACCCAGAACUAGAGAGGAUUUCCAACAAUAUUCCAUUCUGCUGUCUCUGGAUCCAAACACAGUGAAUAAAAAUCUUCAGCUGUCUAAGAACAACACUGUGGCUACUUACACUAACACAGUCCAGCCGUAUCCUGAUCAUCCAGACAGAUUUUAUUUUAGUAAAGUUUUGUGUAGAGAGAGUUUGUUUGGACGCUGUUACUGGGAGGUUGAGUGGAGUGGUGAUGUGAGUAUUUCAGUGUCAUAUAAGAACAUCAGCAGGAAGGAAUGGGGUGAUGACUGUUGGUUUGGAGUUAAUGAUCAGUCCUGGAGUUUGUACUGCAGAGACUCCAGCUGCUCAUUCUGGCACAAUAACAAAGACACUAAACUCCCUGAAGUGUUGAGCUCCUGUAGAAUAGGAGUGUAUGUGGAUCACAUUAAAGGAUCUCUGUCCUUCUACAGCGUCUCUGAUACAAUGAACCUCAUACACAGAGUCAACACCACAUUCACUAAACCACUUUACCCUGGGUUUUUGAUCAAUCCAAAGUCAACAAUGAAACUCUGCAAUCUGACGAGAUAGAUACAGAGAUGUAACAGAUUAAAGCAAUAAGCCCCAAAAAGCAGUGGGUUACCAUAAAUGUACUGUAAUCCCACUGCUUCCAUGCUUCGCGGGGCUUAUUGCUUUUAUAAAACAGUUACUUCAUAUGCAUAGCAGGAUUUCAUAAAAUAUAACACAAAUAAGCUGUAAUUAUAUUAGUACAAAUAUUACUUUUCCGCCAGACAAAGUAGUUCCUUAGAAACAAGUGUGGCUGCAACCGAACGCAGUUCCCAACCAGCACAGACGGAGCUAAGACACAAUGAAAAUAUGAUUUGAGUUUAUUUUCAUAAAUCAACAUUCAUCUAAUUUAUAAAUUAACAUUUAUAUUGUGCAACUGUUGAAGUGAAGAUCAAAUUUGGAAGCAUGCUUAACUCUUUCCACGUCAGGUUUUUUUUUACGUUGCCAUCCAGUUUAGUUUAAUGCCUUACAGAAAAAUUAUCUUCUUUAAAUAAACAUAAAAUGAAAGAACAGACACUCCGCUUUAAAACAUCCUAUCUUCAUUUGUUCUCUUAUCACCUCUCAAAUUUUCAGCUAAAAGAUAAUUCCAUUUUUGUGAAGAACUUUUGUAAGAGAUCGGAUUCACAGCCAUGUUUAAAACUUACACGGUGUUUUUAGUGUUGAGUGAAUGCGUCAGUGUUUAAGUUGGGUAAGUGGAGAACUUGAGCUUAAAGAACUUCUUAGGCUGCAGUCACACCAAAAGCGUUUAUGGCAGUUGCAGGCGCCUUUUUUGAAUGAUAUUCUAUGGGCAGGGCGCGUUUGCGCGCUGUUUAUGCGCGCCGAGCGCCUUGCGGUUUUUUGCCGCCUGCCGCGCACGCGUUUUUGAAGGAGCGCUGAGAGCGGAGAAGCCCCUGACGUCAUUCGCGUCUUCCAUUGUCCAAUCGAAUGAGGGGAGAGGCGGGCCUUACGUUGUGGUGAGGGAAGUUUACAGUUGCUUUGAAGAACCGGACUCCACUCACUCACUCUCUCAUUCGUGUUUGUGCACCUCUCAUCCUCAAACAAGGUCAAAGCAAGUGCCCUCCUUUUAAAGUUUCUGCUAAUAUGACAGUUAACAGCAAAAGAGCGUUCACGCUUCAAUAUUUGAUUGACAAGACAGCUGACUCGGUGGUUGCUUAGCAAUAUGAAAAGGCGCGUCGCACUGCUCUUUUUUUAAAAAAGGCAGUGCGUCGCGCCUUGCGUUUGCAAGCGUUUAAAGCGCUUUUGGUGUGACUGGCCCCUUAGGAAAGCGUUUUCUCUUUAUUGACGAGAUUACUCAGAAUAAAGGACCAGAACUGCCCGUUUUAUAAAAUAGUGUUUUAUCACAACUUUGACCUACAUGAUUAUUUAGUAACAGUAAAAUGUAAGGAGUCUUUUAUUUUCUUAUUAAAAUAUCAUUGAAACACUUGAACACAACUCUUAUCAAUGCAUACAAUGCAUUGCUAUACUCUAAAAAUGCUGGGUCAGAUAUGGACCUUUUCUAGAUUAAUUUAAACCAAUGGUUAAGGUUGUCCAUAACUCAACCAUGGGUCUAAUAAUAGUUGUGGUGUAAGAAUGAAGCAACAGUGAAUGUUAAACAGUUAAUAUUUACAAAGUUUUUUGUUGUUGUCGGACGAAGCAACAUAGUUUGUGUUUGUUCUGAUUUGAUAUUUUUACUGAUUUCUUUCAGCGAUAUUUUAAGUAUGUAUUUGAUUCUGAUUUACUUUUUUCUUCUUUGUUAGAUUGUUUAUCUGCUUUUAAACAGUAAUUGUGUGCCACGUUGUAUAGCUGUCAUCAUUCUGUAAUGUGUGUUUUAAAACUGAAUAUUUUUUCACAUAAAAGCGAAAAAUCUGUGUUAUUUUAUCUGUCAAUGCUUGAAAUCUCUUGUGCCCUUUCAUCUGGUAUGCAUCUUCUGAAAUUUAGUUUUGUAUUGAUUCAUUUCUUACUUAUUUUGCUUUCCUCGUGUAAAGCAUCAAACAAGAUCAGAUUAAGCAGAUAAAAAACAAUUAAAUGUUUUCUAUUAUUAUUUGUCCAUCAUCCCUAUAUUUCCUACCACAUAUUA